UCGAUAAAAAAGAUGAAUAAUUUUUGCUAUAUAAAACACCCAGUCUUCUAAGUCAUUUAAACUCACUAUCGAUCAGGCUAUAUAAUGCUAUUGUUAAACUUUGAAGAAUUAGUCGGGAAGAAAAAAGAACUGGGGGUGACUGGUAAAAAAACCAAAAACUUCCGAUUUGUUACCAGUCACCCCCAGUUCUUUUUUCUUCCCGACUAAUUCUUCAAAGUUUAACAAUAGCAUUAUAUAGCCUGAUCGAUAGUGAGUUUAAAUGACUUAGAAGACUGGGUGUUUUAUAUAGCAAAAAUUAUUCAUCUUUUUUAUCGACUUUAUAGAACUCGUGCAUGCCUAACCCUAGUCUGAAUUCCUGGCGCCGCCGCUACUUGUAAUUAUGUGCUUUUUUUUCUUGAGCAGCACCAGUACAGUCCGGAGUAUCUAUUAGAGCAACCAAAAACAGAUCAUUAGAGUUUUUCACGAAUACUUAGACAUCCGUACACUUCAAAUUUCGAGCACACUUAACUUAACCAUAAGAAAUUUAUUUUUCUUAUAAUUUAUUUUUUUCAAAGGCAAUUUUUUCUACGGUUGCCCCAUGUUCAUAUGUUCGUGGUCAUCUUCGUAGUAUGGUGAAUUUUUCAUCAUUUUUUGGUCAACGUUCUCGUAAAAAUAAAAAUGAAAGAUUAUUAAAUGAAAUUGAAAAACAUAUUUGUCUUAAAACAACAUCAGCUAAUAAACAACAAUUUAAUCUUGAUUAUUUACCUUAUUUAAGUCGAAAUCUUAUAUCAACAUUAAAACAAAAUACACAAGAAAUAGCUAUUGAACAAUGUAUUUCAUUAUUAGAUGAUUAUUAUCUUAAUCGAGAUGAUUUACAAACAAUUAUGGAAUUAAAUACAUGGGGUAAAACUGGUAAAAAUUUAUAUGAUCAACUUGAUACACAAACGAAAUCUGCAUUAACAAGAAAUUAUAAUAAAACAAAUCAUCGUACACCAUAUGCAAUAGUUGAUAUUAAAAAAUUAAAAAAAUCGAAAGGACUUAUGGAUGAAGAUGAGGAGGAAGAAGACGAGCAAGAAGAAGAAGAACAAAAAGAUGAUAUUCCUAUUGAAGAAGAUGCUAUGAUUAAAUUAGCUAAAAAGCCAAUAGGAAAAGUUCCGUUAAAAAAAUCACGAAAAAAAUAA